CAGGACAUGAGGCUUCUUCAACAGCGACAAAAGGCUUCUGAUUCAACCAACGCGGUGGUUUGCUAGCGAACAUUAAACUGAAUCAUUGAAGCGUUUUAGACCAAUUUUGUGUAUAUUACUCUUCGUGUUUUAAACAUAAUUAUGUUUACGUAUCUACUAGUUCAUAUAAACGUAAUUUGCUUGUGAAAUUAGCAAAUGUGGUAAAUUGAUAAUGCACUAGGCUAAUCGCCCGGGGCAUGAGGUCACUAAGCAAGACGGAGAAAGAAGCUCUGGUGAAAGGAGAGGGAGAAGCUUUCAGGAUGAAAAGGGAGGAAGAGGAGGCUAUCACAUUGAAAGAAGAGGAAGAACCGUUUGGAGUGAAAGAGGAAGAGGAGGCUAUCCCAAUAAAGGAGAAGGAGGAAGACGUUUUGGGAGUGAAAGAGGAGGAGACUGAAGAUCCGAUUACCACCAGAGAGAGACAUGACUAUUGUGGAUCCUCUGGGGAGCCUCAACAACAUCCUGAUGCUGACGAGGCAGAGAAGAGUCUCUCCAGAUCAGAACACCAGAUGGACAACGCUAGUCCUUCCUCUCUCCCGGAGUCCCUGUGUCGUGCCUCUCUCGGUAGCACCUUACUGCUGGGUAUGAAGAGGUUGUCUGUGCAGCUGGUGGACUGCAGGAAAUCAACGGUGCUGAGUGGAACUGUGAGAGGAGGAGAAGAGAAGAAAGGAUCAGAUUUGACUCAUCAAAGAGAUAGACCAGACUCGGAGGAACCAGAGACGUCCAAACCGGCAAAACAACACGACUGCUCCCGCUGUGGAAAGAGUUUUACAGAGUUAGGCAACAUGAAAAGGCAUGAAAGGACACACACAGGUGAGAAGCCUCAUCAAUGCUCUCACUGUGGAAAGACUUUUACCGAGUUAUGGAGCCUGAAAACACAUGAGAGAAUACACACAGGGGAGAAGCUGUACUACUGUUCCCAGUGUGGAAAGAGUUUUACCCGGUCAGGGCACAUGAAAGAACAUAAGAGAACACACACAGGGGAGAAGCCUUACCUCUGUUCCCAGUGUGGAAAGAGUUUUACCUACUUAUGUAACCUGAAAACACAUGAGCGAUUACACACAGGGGGAAAGCCUUACCACUGCUCCCAGUGUGGAAAGAAUUUUACCCGGUCAGGGCACAUGAAAGAACAUAAGAGAAUGCACACAUUGGAGAUGCCUUACCUCUGUUCCCAAUGUGGAAAGAGUUUUACCCACUUAUGUAACCUGAAAACACAUGAGAGGUUACACACCGGGGAGAAGCCUUAUGAAUGCUCUCCGUGUGGAUUGAAUUUUACCACGUUAGGGUACCUGAAAUCACAUGAGCGAACACACAAAAGAGAGAAGCCUUUCCACUGCUCACAGUGCAGAGAGAUUUUCACCCAGUUAGGGAGCCUGAAAAGGCAUGAAAGGACACACACAAUUGAGAAGCCUCAUCAUUGCUCUCACUGUGGAAAGACUUUUACCCAGUUAGGGAGCCUGAAAAGACAUAAGAGAAUACACACAGGGGAAAAGCCUCAUCACUGCACUCACUGUGGGAAGACUUUUACCCAGUUAGGGGGCCUGAAAACACAUGAGCGAAUACACACAGGGGAGAGGCCUUACCGCUGCUCCCAGUGUGGAAAGAGUUUUACCCGGUCAGGGCACAUGAAAGAACAUAAGAGAACACACACAGGGGAGAAGCCUUAUUGCUGCUUCCAGUGUGGAAAGAGUUUUACCUACUUAUGUAACCUGAAAACACAUGAGAGAAUACACACAGGGGAGAAGCCUUACCACUGCUCCCAGUGUGGAAAGGGUUUUAACCAGUUAGGGGUCCUGAAACGACAUGAGAGAAAACACACAGGAGAUAAGAAUGUAGGAUGUUGAACUGUAGAACAUUGGAUGGAUAUAGGACAGAUGCUGGCUGAACAGUAGGAUAUAAGACAGAUAUAGGCCUCUGAACAGUGUGUUUUCCAUACUGCAUGUAUUAUAGUGGAUUGUGUUUGUGGAUUUGUUUGCUGACUUCACAAAAUUAAUUUUCAUUUAAAUGGGCUAAGUAUAUUGUAUAUCGUACAAUAAAAUCCAGUUAGAGCAGGGUUUCCCAACUCAGUAACUCAGAUCAGCUUUAAUAUCGAACAUAGAUUGUAGAUUGCAUCAAUGUAAUUGUCUGCAUCAUUUCCAAUUGUCUGCAUCAUUUCCAAUUGUCUGCAUCAUUUCAAUUUUGUAAAUGAACAAAAAUAUAAACACAAAAUGCAUUAAUUUCUAAGAUUUGACUGAUUUGCAGAAAACAAUGUAAAUACAUUCUUUAGGGCAUAAUCUAUGGUUUUCACAUGACUGGGAAUAAUGCUAUGCAUCUGUUGGUCAACGAUACCUUAAGAAAAAGGUAGGGGUAUGGAUCAGAAAACCAGUCAGUAUUUGAUGUGACCACCAUUUGCCUAGAGUUGAUCAGGCUUUUGAUUGUGGCCUGUGGAAGGUUGUCCCACUCCUCUUCAAUGGCUGUGCAAAGUUGCUGCAUAUUAGUGGGAACUGGAACAUGCUGUCGUACACGUCGAUCCAGAGCAUCCCAAACAUGCUCAAUGGGUGACAUGUCUGGUGAGUAUGCAGGCUAUGGAAGAACUGAGACAUUUUCAGCUUCCAGGAAUUGUGUACAGAUCAUUGCGACAUUGUGCAUUAUCAUGCUGAAAUAUGAGGUGAUGGCGGCAGAUGAAUGGCACGACAAUGGGCCUCAGGAUCUCGUCACAGUAUCUCUCUGCGUUCAAAUUGCCAACGAUCGGAUCCAAUUGUGUUCGUUGUCCGUAGCUUAUACCUUAACCCCACCACCACCAUGGGACACUGUUCACAACGUUGACAUCAGCAAACCGCUCACUCACACAACACCAUACAUGUGAGGCCAGUUGGACGUACUGCCAAAUUCUCUAAAACAACGUAGCAUAUGGUAGAGAAAUUAACAUUAAAUUCUCUGGCAACAGCUCUGGUAGUCAGCAUGCCAAUUGCACGCUCCCUCAACUUGAGACAUAUGUGUCAUUGUGUGACAAAACUGCACAUUUUAGAGUGGCCUUUUAUUGUUCCAAGCACAAGGUGCACCUGUGUAAUGAUCAUGUGAUAAAAUAAUGUACAUGUUGAAAGAUAAUGAUAAAAUAAUUCCACUCUGAGACCUUAUAACUGUAUGAAAUUGAGAACUUGUGUGUGUGUGUGUGUGCCUAGGAAAAUGCCGAAGAACAAUUAAACCUGUGUUUGAACCGACCUGGCUAGGCCUCUGAGGAACCUAUGAGAGUACAGGAAGUACUUCUCAAGGUUUCCCUAAUACCGGGGGAAUGGAACUGUCGGCUGGGCAGUGAUACACAGUGGUGAGAACUAUAGAGAUAAAACUCACCUACUGUUUGUGUGGAAGUAUGUGGGUAGGAUACCUACUGUUUGUGAGGAAGUAUGUGUGUAGGAUACCUACUGUUGGUGUGGAAGGAAGUAUGUGGGUAGGAUACCUACUGUUUGUGUGGUAGUAUGUGUGUAGGAUACCUACUGUUUGUGUGGUAGUAUGUGUGUAGGAUACCUACUGUUUGUGUGGUAGUAUGUGGGUAGGAUACCUACUGUUUGUGUGGUAGUAUGUGUGUAGGAUACCUACUGUUUGUGUGGUAGUAUGUGCGUAGGAUACCUACUGUUUGUGUGUAGGAUACCUACUGUUGGUGUGGUAGUAUGUGUGUAGGAUACCUACUGUUUGUGUGGUAGUAUGUGCGUAGGAUACCUACUGUUUGUGUGUAGGAUACCUACUGUUGGUGUGGUAGUAUGUGUGUAGGAUACCUACUGUAUGUGUGGUAGUAUGUGUGUAGGAUACCUACUGUUUGUGUGGUAGUAUGUGUGUAGGAUACCUACUGUUGGUGUGGAAGGAAGUAUGUGGGUAGGAUACCUACUGUUGGUGUGGUAGUAUGUGUAGGAUACCUACUGUUGGUGUGGAAGUAUGUGUAGGAUACCUACUGUUUGUGUGGUAGUAUGUGUGUAGGAUAUCUACUGUUUGUGUGGUAGUAUGUGUGUAGGAUACCUACUGUUUGUGUGGUAGUAUGUGUGUAGGAUACCUACUGUUGGUGUGGUAGUAUGUGUGUAGGAUAUCUACUGUUUGUGUGGUAGUAUGUGUGUAGGAUACCUACUGUUUGUGUGGUAGUAUGUGUAGGAUACCUACUGUUGGUGUGGUAGUAUGUGUGUAGGAUACCUACUGUUUGUGUGGUAGUAUGUGUGUAGGAUUCCUACUGUUGGUGCGCAGCUAUAAAAUGGAUGUGUUUGUAUAAUGGACUUUAGAACGUUCUCUGAAUAAACUGUACUAUCUUUUUGCAUAAGCUGAGUCUGACUGAUUAUUAUUAAACCCAUGGUCUUACAGAUCUCGAGGAUUGGUCAGAGCUGUUGAUUGUCAGUUAUCAUUGGGUUUGAAAAUUCAUCAUGCUGUUUAACCAGCUUCUUGACAUCAAACAUCCGUCAGGUGGAUCGAUUAUCUUGGCAAAGGAGAAAUGCUCACUAACAGGGACGUAAACAAAUUUGAGCUAAAUAAUAUUUUUUGUGCUUUAUGGAACAUUUCUGGGAUCGUGUAUUUCAGCUCAUGAAACAUGGGACCAACGCUUUACAUGUUGCAUUUAUAUUUUUGUUUUAGUGUACAUACAGUGCAUUCUGAAAGUAUUCAGACCCCUAGACAUUUCCACAGUUUGUUACGUUACAGCCUAAUUCUAAAAUUGGGAAAAAAUUCAAUCUGAUCAAUCUACACACAAUACCCAAUAAUGACAAAGCACUCAUUAAAGGGUUUUUCUUUAUUUUUUUUACUAUUUUCUACAUUGUAGAAUAAUAGUGAAGACAUCACAACUAUGAAAAUAGACAUAUGGAGUCAUGUAAUAACCAAAAAAAGUGUUCAACAAAUCAAAAUAUAUUUUAGAUUCUUCAAAGUAGCCACCCUUUGCCUUGAUUACAGCUUUGCACACUCUUGGCGUUCUCUCAACCAUCUUCACCUGGAAUGCUUUUCCAACAGUCUUGAAGGAGUUCCCAUAUGCUGAUCACUUGUUGGCUGCUUUUCCUUCAAUCUGCGGUCCGACUCAUCCCAAACCAUCUCAAUUUGGUUGAAGUCAGGGGAUUGUGGAGGCCAGGUCAUCUGAUGCAGUACUCCAUCACUCUCCUUCUUGGUAUAAUAGCCCUUACGUGACACUUGGCAUUCAGGCCAAAGAGUUCAAUCUUGGUUUCACCGGACCAGAGAAUCUUGUUUCUCAUGGUCUGAGAGUCUUUAGGUGCCUUUUGGCAAACUCCAAGCUGGCUGUCAUGUGCCUUUUACAAAGGAGUGACUUCCGUCUGGCCACUCUACCAUAAAGGCCUGAUUGGUGGAGUGCUGCAGAGAUGGUUGUCCUUCUGGAAGGUUCUCCCAUCUCCACAGAGGAACUCUAGAGCUCUGUCAGAGUGACCAUCGAGUUAUUGGUCCCCUCCCUGACCAAGGCCCUUCUCCCCUGAUUGCUCAGUUUGGCCGGGCGGCCAGCUCUACAAGAGUCUUGGUGGUUCCAAUCUUCUUCCAUUUAAGAAUGAUGGAGGCCACUGUGUUCUUUGGGACCUUCAAUGCUGCGGAAAUGUUUUGGUCCACUUCCCCAGAUCUGUGCCGUGGCACAAAUCCUGUAUCAAAAGGAAUAUAUCACAUCAAAUGUAGGCUAUUUAAAGUUCAUGAGAGAACAGGCAUAAUGCUCGUGCACUUGUCUCAUGUUUUUCUACAAAAAUAGAAUUGUGCUUUAGGCCAUUAAGCCUCAUUAAAUCAAACUGUAUAAAGAUGUAUUUUAUUUCAACACCUGCUGUACCUCGUUGUUGUUAUUUUGUGUUACUUUUUUUUCCUUCUUUAGUUAGGAAAUAUUUUCUCAACUCUUAUUUUUCUUAACUACAUUGUUGGUUAAGGUCUUGUAAGUAAGCAUUUAACAGUAAGGUCUACACCUGUUGUAUUCAUGUGACAAAUAACAUUUGAUUUUAACUAAAUAUGGAGUAUGUCAGUUUCAAUGUUUCUUUGAUUAAAUUAUAUUUUUCAAACUCA